AUGGAAAUUGUAAUACCGCCUCGGGAUCAUGGCAAGGCUACGUUCAGAUACACUUGGGACAAAGAUGGAACGGUACGCAACCUCGAAGCGCUGGAGAGGAUACAAGAGGGAGACGAGCCAGAGUCAGCACCAGAAGACAUUAGGCCCACCACAGCCAAAACGGGGACUACCCGGAGGGUAAGAAAUUCCAUGGCAGCCUGGCCAUUCCAUCGAGCGACAACAUCAAACGUCACUUCUAUACCUAUCACAUCAAACUUCCGCCGGCCGACGUGGCAGCCGAAAUCCUUUUUCAAGACGAGUGAUGAUUCCGCCAGCACCUACAGUAGGAGCAUCGUCCCGGACUAUGUUGUCAACUACAUUAGAGGCGAGACGCCAGAGACACUGGCAAGGAGGAAAGAGCAGAGGAACUGGGGAGAGCGUAAUGUUAUGAUCACGCCAAAGCGGGAAACCUUCUACUCGCGAGCGGCCGAAUUUGAAGACCCCUUCGCGUCCACGACGGAUCUUAGUCCCAACGGCCCUAGUGAAAAUAGGUACGACAACGAAUGGCGGCAACGAGGGUUGCGGAGAUUUCUCGAGGGGUGGCGGGCCGGUGUCGUAUUCAACAUACUGCUGUCAACCCUAAUAUUUUUGGUGGCAUUAGUAUGUUUUGCCGUUGCGGUUUCGAAGGCAAAGUCUAUUUCCGAGAUCGCCAUUUUCACCGGAUCAUGUUCGAUGACGUCUAACAUCAACAUUGGAACCCACAUCGUCAUCAACGUAUGCGCCAUUGUCCUCCUGGCCGGCGCCAACUAUAUUUUCCAGGUCCUGUCGAGCCCGACGAGGCUCGAGGUUGUGGCGGCGCACAAGAACAAGCGGUGGCUAGAUGUAGGCAUCCCGUCCAUACGGAAUUUGUUGCAGGUAUCGGGAUUCCGGAGCUCUCUAGCCAUCGUCGUGAUCUUGGUUGCGGUCGCAACUCACGUAAUUUAUAAUGCAGUAAUAUCCACAUCUCGAACCGGUCUUGACUACGACGUUGUCUUCGUAACCGAGACCUUUCUCAGCGGCGCGCCCUUUAGCAAUGCCACAAACAACGAAGGCGGGCUCUCCAGGCUGGAACUCUUAGCCCUCCAAGACGCUGCCAGCCAGAAAGACUUGGUCAACUUGACCACGACGACGUGCUUGCAGGAAUUCGGGGGUGCGUUCGAGACCUCGUUCGAUGCCGUGAUGCUCGUGAUCGACAUCGAUGUGACAAACAGCUCCUUGGUUCAGAUCGACAAGCCGGGGACUUCGCUACAUGUGUAUAGCACCAACAGCAACGACGAUGACGACAUUAUGGCGCUUGAUGGCUCAGCGGUGCUGUACUGCCUGGCUCGCGAAGGCUCAGCACCCCAAACCUGUGCUGUCAAUGCCAAUAUCCUAAUGCUCGGCAUCGUGGCCUUACUAAACCUGGUCACACUGUUCAUUAUGGCUGUAGUGCUGACCCGCUCAUCCUUGGAGCCCCUGGUGACGCUCGGCGAUGCCCUCCGCUCCUUCUUGCGCAACGCCGACGUCACUACCGACAACAAUUGCCUCUUGACGAAGACGGAUGUUUCUCGGGGUCGCUGGAAUUUGCGCGAGGCCAAAUACUUCAUUCCCAAGCCGCACUGGUGGAUCUCCACGCCCUCGGCAUCGCGCUGGUUCCUAUUCAUGUUCAGCUGGCUCCUCAUCACCGCGCCCGCUACCGUGGCACUGGCCGUUCUCCUCAUGGCCGCCAACCCAUCCGCCGGACUGCCUCUCCUGACGGCCUUCGGCACAGCCACACCACACACCACCUUUCUCCUCCCCUCGCCCGUAUCUACGGACCAGAUGGCUCUCCUCUCCGCCGCCCCGCAGCUCCUCCUUGCCAUACUGUACCUAACCACAAAUUCGCUACUGACGACGUACUGGCUCUCUCACGAACUCUCUCUUUUCUCCGUCUCUCCUCGUCCUCUCCGCGUCUCGGCUGAUCGCGUCGGCGCCCAGACGACGUCGCUAUAUCUCACGUUGCCGCGGCCCGUGUCCUGGUUUCUGCUCAUGCUGUUCGCUACCAUGGGAUAUGUACUCAGUCAGGCUGUGUUCCCAGCCAUUAUCGACAUUACUCCCGCUUCCUCUUCGACCACGCCCUCAUCAACCUCGGACCGCACAACCGCCAUUUCCCUCUCCACCCAAGCGCUACUCGCGCUCGUAGCCCUCCUCCUCGUCCUCGCGAUGACCGUAAUCAGCCUCGGCUUCCGGCAGGCGCCCUCUGCCUCUGGCGACUCAGUCGAAAAAGGGAACCCCCUCGCUCUCCGAGGCGGGAGUUGCAGUGCCGUCCUGAGCGCCAAGUGCCACACCGACCUGAGCGAAGUCGACCACGACAUUUGGCGGAAACAGAUCAGCUGGGGCGUCGUUGGCGAAGGGCUUAACAUAGAGGUCGGGCAUUGUGCGUUUAGUGCUGUCGGGGUUGGGGCCGUGGAUGGGGGAAGAUUGUAUGCUUGAUUUGUCUGAGGGGUUGACGCAUAGACAUAUGCAGACGUAUAACACACAUACACAUAUAUGAAAGCAAUAAAGAAAAGAAAGUGCACUGGAAAGGGAAAUAUAAUGGCGUUGGGAAUGAUUGCAGAUCCAACGGCUGGUUCGGCGGCACUGAGCCACGAUUAAAUGGUUGGUCUCCCGUUGUUUGAUUUGGGUCGGUUCGGGUCUGGUUACUUAUAUAUACCCUUUUAUUUAUUGUACGGGUUGUGCAGAGACGAGAAUGGGGUCCUCAAGGGUCCAAAACCUGGGACGGGGACAGGAGACGAACGAGGUUCACGUCGACAACGGCAGGCAUUGAGAUGUGUGUUUCCUGGAGAACACACCAAGGGCUGGAAACCAGAGGAAUUUUCGCAAGUACCAAAUAUCUAAGUUCACGAAUAUCAACCGAU